GCCGUUGAGUCGGUUCCUGCUAUUCCGGCGCCUCCACUCCGUUCCCUUCGGGUCUCCUCGUGUGCCAUGGACGGCAUUGUCCCAGAUAUAACAGUUGGUACAAAGCGGGGAUCUGACGAGCUUUUCUCUACUUGUGUUACUAACGGACCCUUUAUCAUGAGCAGCAACUCUGCUUCUGCAGCUAAUGGAAAUGACAGCAAGAAAUUCAAAGGUGAUAACAGAAGUCCAGGAGUCCCUUCCCGAGUAAUCCAUGUGAGAAAACUCCCAGGUGACGUCACAGAAGCUGAAGUUAUUUCCCUGGGAUUACCAUUUGGCAAGGUCACCAAUCUUCUAAUGCUGAAAGGCAAAAACCAGGCUUUCCUUGAAAUGAACACAGAAGAGGCAUCAAACACUAUGGUAAGUUACUAUACCACAGUGACUCCUGUCCUCCGAAGCCAGCCUAUCUACAUUCAGUUCUCAAACCACAAGGAGCUCAAAACAGACAACUCUCCAAACCAAGCACGUGCCCAGGCAGCACUUCAAGCUGUAAACUCCGUUCAAUCAGGAAAUCUAGCCCUUUCUGCCUCUGCUGCAGCAGCCGAUGCAGGAAUGGCAGUGGCUGGCCAGAGUCCAGUUUUGAGGAUCAUCGUAGAAAAUCUCUUUUACCCAGUCACUUUGGAUGUACUGCACCAGAUUUUCUCCAAGUUUGGCACAGUACUGAAAAUAAUAACCUUCACCAAGAACAACCAGUUCCAGGCUCUGUUACAAUAUUCUGACCCUGUGAGUGCCCAGCAUGCUAAAUUGUCUCUUGAUGGGCAGAAUAUCUACAAUGCCUGUUGUACACUGCGCAUUGACUUUUCUAAACUCACCAGCCUCAAUGUGAAAUACAACAAUGAUAAAAGUAGAGACUACACUCGCCCAGAUCUGCCCUCUGGUGACAGCCAGCCUUCCCUUGAUCAGACUAUGGCAGCAGCCUUUGGUGCACCUGGUAUAAUCUCUGCCUCUCCAUACGCAGGAGCUGGUUUCCCUCCCACCUUUGCAAUUCCUCAAGCUGCAGGACUCUCCGUUCCAAAUGUUCAUGGAGCCCUUGCUCCUCUGGCUAUUCCAUCAGCAGCUGCUGCUGCAGCUGCAGCCGGGCGGAUUGCCAUUCCUGGUCUCACAGGGGCAGGGAAUUCUGUCUUGCUGGUUAGCAACUUGAACCCAGAGAGAGUUACACCCCAAUGCCUCUUUAUUCUUUUCGGCGUUUAUGGUGAUGUCCAGCGAGUGAAGAUCUUAUUCAAUAAGAAAGAGAAUGCCUUGGUUCAGAUGGCAGAUGGAAACCAGGCCCAACUUGCCAUGAGCCAUCUAAAUGGACAGAAACUUCAUGGGAAGCCAAUCAGAAUCACUCUUUCCAAGCACCAGACAGUUCAGCUUCCUCGUGAAGGACAAGAAGACCAAGGCUUGACUAAAGACUAUGGAAAUUCACCCCUUCAUCGUUUCAAGAAACCAGGCUCCAAAAACUUUCAAAAUAUCUUCCCUCCGUCUGCUACCCUGCACCUUUCUAAUAUACCGCCUUCUAUAUCUGAAGAAGACCUUAAGAUGUUGUUCUCAAGCAAUGGAGGAAUGGUCAAAGGAUUCAAGUUCUUCCAAAAGGACCGGAAGAUGGCUCUGAUCCAGAUGGGCUCAGUGGAAGAAGCCAUUCAAUCCCUUAUUGACCUUCAUAACCACGACCUUGGAGAGAACCACCACCUUCGGGUGUCCUUCUCAAAGUCUACCAUUUAAAAUUUGGGAAGGCACAAGAUAGAGAAUGAACCUGACUGACGAGAACCCUAGGGUUUCAGCCUGGUCUGUAAAGGCUGAGCACCUGGGAUCACUUCCAUCAUUCCAGAUUUAAAAAAGCCACUUUAAAAGCAGCUGAAGUGACCUUAAAAGACCAGAGAUUUUAUUUUUUUAAGUGAAAUCAGUUUACCUGUUUUUAAAAAAAUUAAAUCUAAUUCACAUUGUUAACCUUGCGGUGGUGGGAUAGCAAUCUUGGUGACUGUACAAAAGCUACAUGAUGAAAAAUCACAAGUUAAGUUUACGCUUUUUUGGAAACUGCUCUGGGAAUUUUCUCCCCAUCCCCUAAAAAGAAUCCUAACAAAUUUAUCAGGUUUCACAUUGAUGCCUUUUAAUUUUCUUUACCCAGUCAAGCCUUUAAAGACCCCAAACCACUGUGUGAUCACUCUGUCGCCUGAGAGUCAGGAUCUUGCAAAGUAUGGGAUGGGUCCCCAUACCCAUCUAGUCCUGGGUUUUAGGAUUAUGCUCCUAAUCCUGGAUUCUGCUAUCCUGUGCCUUAAACUUUUUUUUUUUUUCUUUUGGGAGAGUGGGGAAGCAGGGAACUACCAUGGUGUAUCAGCAGAAAGAUAGGUUUUGAGCUUGGAGCAUUGAAGGGGAUGAGGAAGCUCAUUCUGCUCAAGAUUAGAUGAGAAGUUGGCCAAGUGGAUAAAGAAAAUAUUGGGCAUUGACUCUACUGUCUGAAUUGUCUCAUAAUCUACAUAGUAUCAUGUAUCUUUCCAAUGUAUCUCCAUCGGUAUUCUGUUUCCAGCAGAAGUCAGUGGGAUUGGUUAGAAACAUUCAAUUGACCAAGCAAAUAGGUCUGAGCAAGUCAGUUUUCCUUGUCAUACAUUUUUAUUCUAGUGUUGACAGCAGUUAAGCCCCUGCCUUCUAUGACUUGAUCAAGCUUAUUAUACUUCAUCAUUGAUUGAACCCUUUUGUAGAUGAAUCAGCAUGAAUUUUUCCAAAUUUGUAGGUGCAUUUAGUGAUUCUUGGGAUUUCUUUUGUGGGGUAAAGCCCCUAAGUUAGUGAGAUGUUAAGCUGAGGCAUAAUUUAUGACUCUAGUUUGACCUUUAUUGAGACCAAGUAGUUCCUACCAUCGUCCUGUUGCUUUGUCUUCAGCAUUUGUUUGAAUCCUUGUAUUAUACUUUUGAUGCAGUUGCUGUCAUCUGUGCCUAGCAAUAUUCCAGUUGACCAAAUAUUCUAAUCUUUUUUUUUCAUUUAUAUGCAAAAGAUAGUUUAAGUAACUUUUAUAGAAGAGGAUUAAAAAUGGUAUAAGUGUAAUCUAAAUUUACUCUUGUGGUAUUACCCUUUGUAUACUGUGCUUUUAUUUUAUUCUUUGGUAAUUAAGUGAAA